CUGAAAUGGGCAAGACCUUCCGAGAUGUCCAUCUCUGUUGGCUGGGACCUGUCAUCCCUGUGCUGAGGCUUGUUGAUCCUGCAUUUGUUGCGCCCCUGCUCCAUGCCCCAGGUCAUGAUAACAUGUGCCCCUGUCAUAUAUACCAGGAUGUGUUGGGACGUGUCAGAGAGCUGCAAUUGACAGUGUGUCCUAGGUCUUUGCAGAGGCCUGUAGAGUGCUGUGCUGCUCAGAUGUGGAAGACCCAGUGGACCAUGCAGCAGCCAUGUGAAGGCAUGCUGGGGCAUGUUUGUUCCCUGCCAGCUGGGCUUUGCUCUCUGCCGCUGCAGACUGGUCUGGCCUUGUCUCACCUCCUUCCUCUUCCCUGCUGUCUUUGUCCUGGUUCCUUUCCUACCUCCCUGUCUUUGGAGGGGAAAUGGGCAGCCCUGGGGCUGGGAGUCCCCACCCCUCCCAAAGUCCACCUUUCACCCUUUCCAUGGCCCCUGAUUGUCCUCUUUCACGGCAGCUUUGGUGGCCCCCAAGGACAUGACUUUCUUAGGCUUCCUGAAGCCCUGGCUGGGGGAUGGGAUCUUCCUGAGUUCUGGUGACAAGUGGAGCCGCCAUCGCCGUCUGCUGACACCCGCCUUCCACUUUGACAUCCUGAAGCCCUAUGUGAAGAUUUUUAACAAGAGUGUGAACAUCAUGCACGACAAGUGGAAGCGCCUAUCCUUGGAGGGCAGUGCACGUCUGGAAAUGUUUGAGAACAUCAGCCUCAUGACCUUGGACAGUCUGCAGAAAUGCCUCUUUGGCUUUGACAGCAACUGUCAAGAGUCUCCCAGUGAAUACAUUGCUGCCAUCUUGGAGCUCAGCGCCCUGGUAGUAAAAAGGUCCCAGAAUCUCCUCAUGUUUGUGGACUUCUUUUACUACCUCACUGCUGAUGGGCGGCGCUUCCGCAAAGCCUGUGAUCUGGUGCACAACUUCACAGAUGCUGUCAUCAGGGAGAGACGCCGCACCCUCAGUAGCCAGGGUGUUGAUGAAUUUGUGAAGGCCAAGGCUAAGUCCAAGACUUUGGAUUUCAUCGAUGUGCUCUUGAUGGCCAAGGAUGAACACGGAAAGGAGCUGUCAGAUGAGGACAUCCGGGCAGAGGCUGACACCUUCAUGUUUGGAGGCCAUGACACCACAGCCAGUGCACUCUCCUGGAUCCUGUACAACCUGGCGAGACACCUGGAAUACCAGGAGCGCUGCCGGCAGGAGGUACGGGAGCUGCUGAAGGACCGAGAGCCUGAGGAGAUUGAAUGGGAUGACCUGGCUCAGCUGCCCUUCCUGACCAUGUGCAUCAAGGAGAGUCUGCGGCUUCAUCCUCCGGCCCCAGACCUUCUUCGCCGCUGCACCCAGGACAUUGUGCUACCGGAUGGCAGGGUCAUCCCCAAAGGGAGCAUCUGUAUCAUCAGCGUCUUUGGUAUUCAUCACAAUCCUUCAGUCUGGUCAGACCCUGAGGUCUACGACCCCUUCCGCUUUGACCCAGAAAACCCUCAGAAGAGGUCACCUCUGGCUUUUAUUCCCUUCUCAGCGGGGCCAAGGAACUGCAUAGGACAGACUUUCGCCAUGAGCGAGAUGAAGGUGGCGCUGGCGCUCACCCUGCUGCGCUUCCGCAUCCUGCCGGACCACAAGGAACCGCGGCGGAAGCCGGAGGUGAUCCUGCGCGCAGAGGGCGGGCUGUGGCUGCGGAUGGAGCCGCUGAGCACGGGUGCACAGUGACCCCCCAACAUCUGGCCUGGGACCACCCCCACCCACACGCCUACCGAACGAACUCUGUGGAUCCCAGAAUAAGCCGAGCCCCACUGUUCGCCAGCAGGGGGCGCAGGAGGC